AAAAAAAGUCAUGCAGCAGUAGAUCCCACCACUUUUAUUCUCUCUCCCACCCCCAUUAACUCCUACCCAACCCAUUAAUCUUCCACCCACCUCAACCGCAUCACCGCCUUCACAUUUAAUCUGUCUGUCUCGAUCAUUCUCAAUACCCAUUUCGCAUAACCUUUUUCUCUCAAUUACUCAUCUCUCGAAUCUUCACUCAUGUCUCUCAUACCACCGUCUCCUUUCAUCUCCGUCUCUCUGGUCUGAACCAUGAAGCAUCAUCUCCUUUCAUCUCCGUCUAGCAUGCUAAGUCUACCCCCUUGGCUCAUCCCAUUCAAUUUGCAUGGACCCCUAUGAAUCUGAAUCAGAGUUGGCACUCCUUGAAGUGUUGGAUGUUCAUCUGUUUAAGGAUGAUGAGAAUUUCCAGAAGGCUGCCAUUUGCCCUGCGAAUCAGGUGACCAGAUUUAUUGCUAACUUCGACAAGGACUCCUAUAGCACCGACUGUCCAGGCUGGUCCACUUCAAACGGAAAUAGACCCAGGCUGGGCAAGGCAGAGACUAUUUGGGUCAGGUUUUGUGGAGGAAGAGUCCUCUGGGUUUGGCGACUCGAAUUCAGACGGAGAGGAGGUCACUUCCAAUUAAGUAAAGGUUGUGUGCAUGUGCUUCCGGUUGCUAGUGUAAUCUGUAAGGGAUGUAGUGCCCGUUUGGAAGAGCUAAAAUAGGGUGAAAAGCUUGAAUAUCCAUAAAAUUAACCAAACACCCCUUAAAUGGGCUGUUUCAGCUGAUUUUCAUUUUCAACCGAAAAAGUAGCUCAAAGCUUACUUUUUGGGCUGAAAUCUAUUUUAUAACCAUUAACUUGUUAAUUGACCACUUUGUCCCAUUCAAUAUUUUGCUAUAAAUCUCUUUACGUAGCUUGUUAAUA